AUGGAUAGAAUCCAACAAGAAGUGGAAAAUGAAUACAGCGAUAUUCAAAAAGCAAGGUUACUGAUAGUGCAGAGUGACUUCGCAAGGGCAUCAGAAGUAUAUUCUGAUCUUCUGUCAAAAAUGGCAGAGAAAGAGCAAGAAGAUAGUCUUAAGAUGUGCUUAGUGUACAUAGAGUAUGCCAGGUGUCUUUUGCUUUCAAAUGACAAGCUAGUGAUAAACCCAGAGUUGGAAGAGGACAAUAAUUACUUAGAAGAUCUGAGUAUAGCCUGGGAGCUUUUGGAAAUUGCAAAGAACGUCUUCAAAGCACACAACUUCACAAAUGAAUUAGUAAAGGCGCACCUGCUCCUGAGUGAUAUUUCGCAAGAAACAAACAACUUUACAGAGUCACUUGAAGACCUGGAGGCUGCUUUCUCGCUUAUAAAGGAGAAAGACGCAAAGGACAGCCGGCUGCCUGACAUUGCCUUGCGCAUUGCAUUUGCGUACGAGGCCCUAGAGAACAAAGAGAUGGCCAUAAAAAUGCUGAACAGCAUAAUUGAAAUGCUGGACAGUGCAGAGAAAACACAAGAGACCCUGGAGAUAAUUGAAGAAGUGAAGCAGAAAAUAGAUGAAGUGCAGCACCCAGAGAAGUACAAGCUAGACAUAAAACAGAUGCAGCCAAAGAUAGACAGCUCACAGCCAGUGCAAAAGAUAAAGACCACAAAAUCAGAGACACAUGCACAAAACAGUAGCAAACCAUCUGAAUAA